UCGAAACAAGUAGUUGAGCCAGUCCGUAGCUGGAUCCGCAAAAGGAAUCGCGCCGUGCUAGAACGCGUUGCCUGGGCUCCCACCAGCGUGAGGUAACGCCCCUUGGCCUAUAGUGACCCGGCUCGAACUAAGGACCUCCCAGGCCCGCCCAGGCCAAGUUGGUGUCGGGCCGAGCAAAAGGUCACCAGUAGAGGCUAGAGAUUGUCUCGGGGUCGACCUAUCACCUCAACGCAGAGCGCGAACACGAGAGCAAUUUUGAAAGUGCGAAAAGCCCAUUCGGCUAAGUGGUGACGCGUCCAGGUGCCCGUGAUGGUGCUCUAGUGCCCAUGGCAUCCUUGGUGGCCAACUCGUGGCGCGAGUCUCCGCUGGUGAAUCCCGUGCUCCCAACUGGAGGACUCAAUUCCUUGAAUCCUCUUCCACCGGUCGCUGCCGUCCAGCCAUCAAAUUCUGUUCAAGCUGUCGGCCCUCUUUCCGAGGCUCAAAACUCAGAUCUGGCUCUUCUGAGCCGCCAAACACCGUCGCAAAAUAGUACCGGUAGCACUGACAAAAAUCAAAAUAUUGAGUGCGUCGUGUGUGGAGACAAAAGCUCUGGCAAGCACUACGGACAAUUUACGUGCGAAGGUUGUAAAUCGUUUUUCAAACGUAGUGUUCGACGGAAUUUGACGUAUUCGUGUCGCGGAAGUCGGAACUGUCCAAUCGACCAACACCAUAGGAACCAGUGCCAAUAUUGCAGGCUGCGAAAAUGUAUAAAAAUGGGCAUGAGAAGAGAAGGUGGGGCAUAUGGAAAAUAUAAAGCCGUUCAAAGAGGUAGGGUACCCCCUUCACAGCCCACAUUGCCUGGGCUACCGAAUCAGUUCCUCAACUCUACAGAUCCAGUAACAACCUCACUCAGCAACCAUACGUACCUCAGUAGCUACAUAUCUUUACUUUUAAGAGCAGAACCCUAUCCUACAACUAGGUAUGGCCAAUGCAUACAGGCCAACAAUAUUAUGGGCAUUGAGAAUAUCUGUGAAUUGGCAGCACGACUGCUGUUUUCGGCUGUGGAAUGGGCUAGGAAUAUUCCAUUUUUUCCUGAUCUUCAAAUCACUGAUCAGGUGGCAUUGCUCAGAUUAGUCUGGUCUGAGCUUUUUGUGUUAAAUGCGAGUCAAUGUUCUAUGCCUCUUCAUGUAGCUCCCCUAAUUGCUGCAGCUGGGCUACAUGCAUCCCCAAUGUGUGCGGAUAGGGUUGUGCAAUUUAUGGAUCAUAUUAGGAUAUUUCAAGAGCAGGUGGAGAAGCUGAAAGCCCUACAUGUGGAUUCAGCAGAGUACUCGUGCCUAAAGGCUAUAGUACUCUUCACUACCGAUGCGUGCGGCUUGAGUGAUGUGGCUCAUAUAGAGUCAAUGCAAGAGAAGUCACAGUGUGCCCUUGAAGAAUAUUGUAGAUCGCAGUACCCGAAUCAACCUACUCGAUUUGGCAAGUUGCUUCUGAGAUUACCUAGUUUAAGAACCGUCAGCUCAGCAGUUAUAGAACAAUUGUUUUUCGUUCGACUGGUCGGAAAAACUCCCAUAGAAACUCUAAUAAGAGACAUGCUUUUAUCUGGUAGUUCAUUCUCGUGGCCGUAUAUGUGAUAUUUAAAAUUGUACUAGUUCUGCUAGUCAACAUUUAUUAUCUGUUAAUGUUGUCUGUUAUUUGUGAAUUAAAAAGACAAUCGUCUUCGGGUGGCUGAAGAGCCCUAGUGUGAUUCGGAGGCUCACAUAUCAGAAAUGACAGUUGUUAGAACUAUGUUAUAUCAAAUUGCCAAAUAUAGACCGACUGGGUAAUACUCAGAGUGAAAUUAAUGUUCCUUUCUUAUCACAAUGAAAUUAUAUUAGGAUAUUGUCGAAAAUUUACUCUAUUCCAUUUAGCAGUAUGAACAAAAUAUCAUCCAAUGCUUUCUACUAAUCAUUGCGGAUUAAAAAAAUGCUUUCGUUAUUCAAACUGCAUUAUAGAGCCAAAGCCAAAUGUACGCUACCUUUCAAUUCAGUUCGUUUUUAAAAUAUAAAAAGCUGCAAUUAAUAUUGAUAUAAACAAUAACAUAAUAUACAAAUUUUGAGCAGCAUUACAUUUACUUCAUACGUACACUGAGCUAAGCACAUGAUUUAGUUAAAUUUUCGACAACAUUUAUACAGGGUCUUCCUCAACUAAUGUGACGAAAUUCACUGGUACAUUAAAGCAAAAAUAUUGCAUUUCAGGCAAAUUUUUCUUAUCAAAUCAAAGUUGUCGUUUUUUUUAUUACAUUCUUAACCAGUUUUACUGCUAUAAAAAUAUUAUAUCCUAAUAAUUGCUCAACCUAAACGCCUAUCACUUCAAUACGUUGAUUAACCGUUAACGUUUAAUAAAUAAUUUUCAUAUUGAAAAAAUACCAAUUGUUUCGGAAGUCUUUGGCCGCAUUUAAGAGUUGCUUGUGCAUAAACGUGUCUUGUGCUUAACCAUAUCGCGCUUUUCUUUAUUCAUUAAAAUGUAGAAUUUCAAAUAUUUCAUGUCGCACUUAACCAGAUUGACUAAAAGAUGUUUUAUCCAUGGCCCACAAGUUCUGAAAAAUCACUAGAUAUUUUAAUGUAAAAUACCGCGAAAACGGUGAGAAAUAUCGACGUGGCCCAAGAAAUAUUUUUUGUUUACGAAAUAUCGCAGAACGAGUGAACACAAUAGCAAUAUUUGAUUUUGAUAUUUUAAAUUAAUCCAAACUAUUACAGCUAGCGCUCUCUGGAAACUACAAAGUAAGAAAUAGGAAAUUUGGAUUCCUCUAUCUAGAAAACCGUCAAACCCAAUUUUUUUAGUAGUAGUAAAACUGGUUACGAAACUGUAAAAAAAUUUAUUUACACUUUGACACAUUUUACCACGGACAACACGGUAAUAAUUUAGCGCAAAUAAUGUCAGUGAAUUUCGUCACAUUAGUUGAGAACCACCCUGUAUAUGUGGGGAUAUAAAUAUUUGUAUAAACUGUAAAUAGGUAGUCCCAUGCCAGAAAAUGUCUGGUUUGUUAGAAUAAGACAACACCUUUAAUUGCGACUUUGUGACAACGAUUUUCGAGUUGUAUCUGAUUUUUAAAAGACAUCAUUUCUCGUAUGAUUAUUAUUUAUUUAUAGUGACAGUGUGUGUAGUUCGUUAAAAUACAAUACUUUAGCUGUGAAUCAAAAAUGUUGAGGCAUCCUGCCCUAUUAUAGAUUGAAUUGUGAAAACUUGUUCUUUCAAUACGCAGUAGUUAUUAAUUACCGCUCUGGUGGAUGCCUCAGUUCACUCAGUUACCUUAUCAUUUCCCUAGUUGAGGUAAUUAGAAUGUGCACUGUAUUUUAUUUUUCACGAAUUAAUUUUGCUGCAAAAUCUCCCCUAACAUUCUAAUUAUCUUAAUUUAUUUUGUAUAUAUGUUUAUUAUUGUUGUUAUAUUCUUGCUAUAUUGUUGUUCUAUAGAUAACAGAGGACUAUAUACAUUUGUCUAUCGGUGGCCAGUGGUUUUCUUAAAUCCUUAAGUCUAUCUUUGUCGUACUUUUGUAAAAUAAAACUUCACAAUUUUUACUGUGUAUGUACUUAUAUAAAUAUUGUUUCGUUUUUCACAUCGAUUUUUAUGCACGUUAAUCUUUGCGUUUGUUUGUUUUUUUUGUAUAAUCUUUUUGAUCACGUAUACACGAUAUUUGUAAGAUU